AUGACGAUUGUCAGAUCUGGGGGAGAAGAGGAAACGCGGAUAGCGAUGAUUAUGGAUGAUUCGGAACUCCAGUGUUUGUUGCAGAUAAUUCUUGGUGGGCUUGAUUUGACGCAGCCUCCAGAGGAAUGCAGCAAAAAGGGGAAAAGAGCAAAAGAAGAAGCGUAUCGGCCGACGGCUGCGUGGUGGAGGGAUGCCAAAAAGAAUCAAAUCGUCUUUUUGCAACCGUUAGGAGCCAGGGAUGAUCCUCCAUCCCUGCUGCGUCUCAGGACGUUUUUUCAGACGCGUUCGGUCGCCCUUAUUAUCACCGUCGUACCCGUGGGAAUGGGUGAUCCUACACCAACGCAGGGCUUGGGGGAGAGAGCCAAGUCGAUCGUAAUCGGAUACGGAGUAGCUAAUUCGCAUCGCUGCUUGUCCACGAUUCCACGGACAGUCGACGGCGCAGUGCCGCCUGAUCCAAGCAACGCAGCCAGCACUAGCAAAGCGUUGCUUCUGGAAAGCCUCAAGAAUCCGCGAGAUCUGCUGCGUUGGCGGGAGUCCUAUUGGGCGUGUUCGGCAGGGGAAUGCCACCGCGUCUGCCGUGUUGUCGCUCAAAGGAACCUUGGAACGUCAGUCAGCUGUAUGCUACUCUACCGCACCGUCGGCCGCCACGAGUCCCAGCAGCAAAAAAAAAAAAACUACUACGACCACUACGACCACUACUACUACUAA